CCACUUUCAUGGUAGUACUUUUAAGAGUAUAGACGUAUAGAUAGAGUGAGUUUCCAAUUGUGCUUAGCGCAACUACCAUUACUUAACUAGCGGAAAUUACUAUUGAAUUAAAUCUUUAGAACACAAUUUACACAUCGCAAUGCAUUUCUCACAGUUAAUGGCGGUUGUUCAUUUGCUAGUUUUACUCACGAACCAAGCCAAGAGCUGGAAAAUAUUCCAAAAAGGAAGAUCAAAACUUGGCAUGUUGGGCUCUCCUGCUGUGAAUAUUUCUGGAGUGGAGCUCCCACCAAGUGAAUGGUUUGAACAGAAACUUGACCAUUUCAAUCCUACAAAAACUACUACUUGGAAACAGAAAUAUUACACGAAUUCGACCUUCUACAAGGUCGGAGGACCCGUUUUCCUCCUGAUCGGCGGGGAAGGUGCUGCCAACGCGACGUGGAUGGUCCAAGGCUCCUGGUUGGACUAUGCCGCGGAGCACAACGCCCUGUGCUUCCAGUUGGAGCAUCGCUUCUACGGCGACAGUCACCCGACAAAGGACACGAGCGUCAAGAACCUGGCCUACCUGAGCAGCGAGCAGGCGCUGGCAGACGCGGCCAACUUCAUCGCGGGCAUGACGGAGAAGCACAAGCUGCCCCGGGGCACCAAGUGGGUCGCCUUCGGGGGCUCGUACCCGGGCUCGCUGGCCGCCUGGCUGAGGCUCAAGUACCCGCACCUGGUGCACGCGGCCGUGUCCACCAGCGGGCCGCUGCUGGCCCUCGCCGACUUCGGAGAUUAUUUUGGAGUUGUGAAAGCAAGUCUGUCGACUACAGGUGAGGGCUGUGUAGAAGCCAUCCAGAAUGCAACUCGACAAAUAGACCUUCUAUUAAGAGACAUGGUAGGUCUUAAUACCAUGAAAUCUCUUUUCAGGUUGUGCAACGACGUGGACCCCGACAACGCCAACGACAUAGCCAACCUGUACGUGACGCUGGCGGACAACUUCGCCGGCGUGGUGCAGUACAACAAGGACAACCGGGCGUUCGAGGGCGCCAAGGCCGCCAACGUGACGAUCGACGUCGUCUGCGGCGUGAUGACCGACGCCUCGGUCGGCCCGGCGGUGCGCCGCUACGCCCGGGUCAGCAACAUGCUGCUCGACGCGUACGGGGAGAAGUGCUUCGACUUCUCCUACGCCCGCAUGCUGGCAUCGAUGCGCAACACCUCUUGGGGCAGCGGAGGAGCUCGCCAGUGGACGUACCAAACUUGCACCGAAUUUGGCUUCUUCCAAACGUCCAGUCAGAAGGAGCAGGUUUUUGGCGACAAAUUCCCAGUGGAAUUUUAUAUUCAGCAGUGCUCUGACAUUUUCGGCAGAAGGUUCGACGCGGAGCUGCUGAGCGCCGGGAUCGAGCGCACCAACCUCAUGUACGGGGCCCUGUCCGUGGACGUCUCCAACGUCGUGUUCGUGCACGGCUCCAUCGACCCGUGGCACGCCCUGGGGAUCACCAGGAACACGUCGUCCGCGCCUGCCAUCUUCAUCGAAGGAACCGCUCAUUGCGCCAACAUGUACCCCAGUUUGCCGACCGAUCCGCCUCAGCUGACGGCCGCUCGUAGCGAGAUCGGCCGGCUCAUCAGACAGUGGCUGGACGACGAUCUGUUCGAUCCAGUGAUUACUCCCGUCUGAUAGUCGCUAGCGGCAGUCAAGUGUGGGCACAUGCCACGUGCUCGGACAAGUGAUAUAUAACUCUGGUUACAAGUGAUGAAUGGUUAUAUUGUUCUUGCCAACUAUUUGUUAUUCAAUCUUGCAAAACAUGUAACUAAAUACUCAUAUUUGUUUUAUUUUAUGUGGGGGUAACUAUCUUUUGUAGGGGUGGGCAAAGCUUUGAAAAUACAAAGUCAAAUGGACUAUUAUUUAUAAGUUACGCUAUCUUCAAAAUUCAUUUUUGAUUCCAACGUUUGUAAAGAAUAAGUAAGUUAGGUUGCUCAACUUUCUUUGAUGUUUAUGUGCAUUCGGAAACAAAACAUUAUUUCAAAUGAAAAGUACAGAUUUUUUUUUUAGUUAGCUCUCUUUGCUACGUAUGCCAAAAAUGUCAAUAAUUUUUAAUCCUACAUUAGCAUAUGGCAAUUGUUAUUUUUUCCCUUCAACUCUUUGGAGUUCUAAGACCCAGAAUUUGACACAAUUUCAAAAUAUGCUUUGAUUUCACUUUAACAUUAAGUACCUAGCCCCAUGCCCACUCCCACGCAUAAUUAUGUAUGUUAUAGGUUUUUGAUCUCAGCUGCUUUCUUGUCUUAGCUGCCAGUGAAUUUAUUUUUAUUUAUUUUUUUGGGGUUGUCUAACGAUUUUUUUUGUAAAAUUGUUGAUGCAUGAAUAAAAAAAAUUUGUUUAUCUUUUA